UUGAGGAAGGGGGCGGUGGCUGCCUAAUCAGCCCAAGGGGGGGAAAGCAAGACAGGGAGGUAGGCACACAGGCCAAGUUGACUUUGGCAGACGACUGGAUGGCUCACCGUGCACGUCUCUCGUCCCACCUUGGGUUCACCCCAAAGAUACUCCCCUCCUUUUCUCCUGAGCCUGAAUUGGGGCACGCUGCACGCGUUAUUAACCUCAAUUCAACCAUCUCAGGGCAAGCAAGGUUUGCCAAAGUGCCGAAGGCACGCGCCGCUCGAAUUGACAUGCGUCUGCAAGCUCGCGAGUCGUCCCCCCCCCUUCCUUUUCUCCGAGCGCUCAACGACCGCAUUACAAUACCUGUACACUGCACGCCACCAAGCAUCCAUUAGCUCACAGCGAGAUAACCGAAGGUACUCGUUCACAUCAAUUGCGUUGCAACUCGUCCCUCCACCAUUCGGUCGCCUCCUCUAGAUCCUUGCUUGUCCACCCAAUCCUUCUGGACCACUUGACGGCCGCGGCCGCGGGGACCCUCCACCCAUUCAUACCUUCUCCGUCUGUCCGCAACAGCUUGUGAUACAGGAUCACAUCCGUCGGUCGUGCUUUUCUUAUUCUUUUCCCAUACUUUUCCCGUUCUCGUCAUGGCAUCUGCUCUUCCGGCCUUCCCUCGGCUGGUCUUUACCGUCUUCGAGCCCAUCUCGCUCGUCGGCGGUUUCCUGGGCGCCGUGAUCAACCCGGCUUGGUUCAUAUCCGAGCAGAUCGUGGGGAGCGCCAGCUCCACCGUCCCGCCCUUGCCGGUGUCGGACAACGAUCGUCUCGUGGCCCUCCAGCUCGGCAAUAUCUACCUGCUCAUGGCCAUGGUUGGGCUUGCGGUGCUGAAUUUCACGAGCGAGAUCAAGGUCGUACGCGGCUACCUAGUAGCUCUUUGGAUAGCGGACAUUGGCCACAUUUACGUCUGUUAUAAUGUUCUGGGCCUCGGUCGCUUCCUCGACGUUGCACAUUGGAAUGCCCUGACCUGGGGCAAUGUAGGAGUAACAGCUUUCCUCUGUCUGACAAGGACAGCCUACCUUCUAGGGCUUUUUGGCCCAGAUGUUUCUACCAAAAAGACGGAAAAGAAACAGUAGUGAACUCUUGACGAGUGGGUUGCGAUAGCAGUAUUCUCCGGGAUACAAUAUGCAGUGUUCCAUCCAAAGGUGUUUAUUUGGUCUUGUCUCCAGAGAAGAGAGCAGAGAUGGUGGAUAUAUACAUUUAUAGUCGUCAACACACGCAUUGGCUCCUGUCAGGGACAAACUCGGCUUGACUCCACAGCUCUUUUGUAACCUGUCGUCGUACGGCCAAGAUCCAGUGCCGUCGAGAAGACAGCAUAUGUGCUUACACGAUCGGCCACUGCCGUUGGGGCUGUCCGCCUAAAGAGGCAACAUGACGGCCCAUGCCGUUCUGUGCUGUCUCCUCAAAGCACAGUCGAUUGAAGUGAAGAACCUGAUGCCGGUAGAAAGAUCUGGGCUGUGCGUUGACGGCGAUGAUAAACUCUGACAGUACCGCAACAAACGCCUCCUCUCUUCCUUGCCUCACAGCCACGUGUAAAGAAGCGGAUUAAACCUGCCCACCCCCCGCCAAAGACACCGACCGCAGUCCGUCAGUUGCCCACCUAGCUACGGCAGGCAUGGCAACCGAAGCCCAGGCAGCUUGCUCUCUUUGACUACAAACCAUCGAUUUCAAUCGAACAGUAUAGUUACCCUAUCGCAUCUCUUUCAUUCGUCUCCACAGAGGGGUUUCCAGAGUU